AUGUUUACAAGGCGUCGCAUUGGCGCGGCAUUCUCAGAUUCUCCGUUUGGCCCUUUCUUUUGCAUCUUCUUCGAGUGGCAAUGGCCAACCACAUGGCAAGGUUCUUCUUACUUGGCGAUGGACGAGCCGCAGGCUGGCGACGUACUUUGA